AUGUCCGAAGCACUUAGAAGUUUCACCAAAAUUGUCAAAUCUCUCGGUUCGAGGGAAGGGGAUGUGCCCAUCGAUCCUAAGGAUGACUGGGGAGUCACCUCUUACGGUGACCCCAACACCAACUACGGGACUACUUACUCAGCACCACAAAGUGGAUAUGGUUAUUCUCCUGCUCCGUCUCAGGGAGGAUAUGCCUACCCUCCUCAAGGUGGGUAUGCUCCAACCUAUGGUGGGUAUCCCAAUAUCCCGGCACCUAAUGGUCCCAACGCUUCAGCCUAUGGAGCUGGUGGAGGCUUUGCAGCCCGAACUGCAAGUACGGCGCCUGAUGCGCAAACUUCUACUACUCCUUAUUCACAAGGAAGUGGCAAUCCCUAUGACAACUUUGGGCAAUCGUCUCCUGCUAGUUCGGCAGCGGGAUUCCCAGCUUAUGAUGCCUCGCAUACCACUGGAGUUCACGGUGGCCCUGAUUCGACUGGUGGUACACAACACUAA